AUGUGGUGUAACUUUCCUCUAACAAACGUCUUUCUUUACAGGGACCUGAGCCAUAAUAAAUUGCAGUCGCUCGACAGCACUGCGUUUAGGAGACUGCGGCACCUAAGUGAGAUGUAAGUAUACUCUGUGUUCUUUAUUUCCCUAGAGUAAACAACGUCCGUCACAAACACUCUCCCUCCACCGCCCCUACACACCACAUGUGACAAACAACCUUUAUGCUUGUGUGUUUACAGAAAGCUUAACAACAAUGAAUUUGAGACGGUACCUGAUUUGGGCCCUCAUGCGGCAAACAUCACCACCCUCAUUCUGUAAGUAUGAAUUACUUUUGAAACAACCCUCCCCCCACCAACCCACCCAUCAAAGUUGUCAGUGCUAGUUAACAGUGUAGAGCUGCUAAGCGCUGCUCCUCCCUCUGUGGUGGAACCCCUUUUGGCUGAGUUGGUUCCCAGACUGGGCUGUCCCAGGCAUGGCAGCCAGUUUGAGACAAGUCAGUCACAUGUCUGAAAGUAAAUGUCAUCGUUGAAAAUGGAAUCGCCAGAGGUGGUUCCAGCGUUUCCAUAAGUGCUGAUCCAGGAUCUGUAAGAUUAGAGUUUUCUAUCUGUCCAUCUCAUUUCCGUUAUAGAUAGUCUAUAUGAGUAGUGUGGCAUUGCAUCCAUCUGGAGGUUGAGUGUUUGUAUACACUCCUAGUAGGAUGGCCCCAGAACAUGAUGAAGCAAUGUAGGGCUUUCAUGUGAUUUCAAAGACAAAUAGACCCAUCAAUGUCAGAGGUUUCAAAGGCAUUGAUUUCGAACUUUCCCCCCGGCACAAUGUGUCUCACAAAAUCAAUGGAUAGGAAGUUUUUUUGCACAAGAAUGCAUCCAUCUCAAAAACUAGAAGAGGCAUAUUCCUCAUCAAGCCUGAACUUGACCAGCUGUAACACCAGAGAAAGAAGCCAACAGCCAAAGGGGAUUCAGACGUCGGCUAUUAGUCAAUUUGUCUUCAGACUUUUAGGUGUGUAGCCUAUAGGCCACAGAUGCGGCUGGCAGGUAUUAUCUGGAACUAAAUCAAAAUACAGUACACCAGGGUAUGUUUGAUUUCCAAUAGGUCUGAUUCAACAUUUAUUUAUGAACUUGGAAACAUUGUCGGUUAGACAACAUUGAGAGUUUUUAUGACUUAUACAAAACUAUUCUCCCCUCCUCUCAAUUCUCCACUCAAGCUGCAAUUUGGUUGAUGUUGCUUUGGAAAACAUAUAAUGUAUGAAUAUGAGAACAAUUCCAAUGGAUUUCACCAUUGAAAGCAAUGUACCGAAGUAUGUCAGCCAGCCUAGUUGUCAUCCUCAAUGUGCAUUUGGGAAUGAUCAAUUCAUACUUUCUUACCACAACGUGUGUUCGUUUGUGUCUGUGAGUGCGUGUAUAGUAUUCCCAGUUGCAUUGCUUAGUGUCUACUCUGCAACUCAAAUCUCUGAGGGGGGGGGAUUUAAAUACAAAAUCCCUCUCCCCCCACUCUCUCUUUCUUUUUUGUUGCUGGUAUUGGCAUCAUUGAUGGAGAAUAUGUGUGUGGUAUUUCCUAUUGGAAAAAGAACAGAGUUUUGAGAAGCCAUCAGAUGACUUAUUUUUCUGACUGGCGCCUGUAAUGAGAAGCAGGGCUGCUGCGUUAGCUGGGGAGGCUCAGGCACACAUCGCAUCAGACUCCAUAUUAAAUAUUACACCAGCAUCUGACCCAAAUGGCUAAUAGCACAGUUAACACAUCAUCUCAACUUUGUUCCUGUACAUUGUCAAGUUGCAGUAGGACCAUAUCAACUACAGUGCUAUAACUGAUACAUAAUACACAACGUCUAUCUGAAGGGAAACAUGGUUGAACAAUGAGAGAAAGAGUUAUGUUGUUGGUUUCGUACAGUGUUUCCCAACCGUGGUCCUCCAGUACCCCCAACAGUACACAUUUUUGUUGUAGCCCUGGACAAGCACACCCAUUCAGCUCAUUGAGGGAUUGAUGAUUAGUUGACCAGUUGAAUCAGGUGUGCUUGUCCAGGGUUACAAUAAAAAUGUGUACUGUUGGAGGUACUCGAGGACCAGGGUUGGGAACCACUGGUUUAGUGUUGAGUUACAAUGUGUUACAAUGUCUGUUGCCAAAAGCUUUGUAAACAAGACAUCCAAGCAUAUCUGUCAGCUUAGUUCGCCACAGAGCUAACACUUUAUAAGAAAUAAUGAAUUGGUUGAUAAGCAGAAUAUGAAGCCCUUUCCAGUUCCAACUCAGUUACCUUUUCCAUACACAGAGAUUCUAUCAAACCCUCUUCUCCAAAUACCUAAUCAGCCCUGGAAUCACCAUAUCAUUUGUCGAGCCCACCAAACUCAACGAGAGGUGAUUUCACAGCAAUCUGGUUAAAGCCCCCAUCCCCUACCAUAAAUUCCUGGGAAAUUGUUCAAUUAAUUAAGAUGAUCACGACUCAAUUACUACCAGCUGCAGGGUUAUUGCAGUUUGUUUUUACUCUGGGCUGUGGGGUCAAGGAAGUUGACGAGAGCUGCCGCUAUGUCUGCCUGGCUGUUUGAAUAAGUGGCAUUCGAUACCCAGGGGCCUUUUUUCCUUACUCCACCCCCCAGGCCAGAGAAAUGGAGGAAGGGGAAGAAAAUCUCCAGUAUGUGCGAAUGGAAGGAAAAAUCAGACUGUACUAAAUGGAGAAAAAAGGGGGGGGGGGGGUUUAGGAUUAGGAAGCCUCAGUUGCUGAUUCCAUCUUAUUGCGUUAUUAAAAUGUGGAGUGUUGCUGACUUUGGGGUAAGUUGUUUGUGUGUGUGUGUGUGUGUAUCUGUUUGACAGCUGCUUCUGCUGUUUAGCUAUAAUUUACGCAUUUCAAAAAAUUAUUUAAUUCAAAAAGGAACAUUUCUGUUGCAGCGUCAGCUGUCUAUAAUCGUCUCACACUGUGGUCUUGUUUAUGUAGGUCAUAUUUCUUCAGAUAAACAAAUUCAGAGUGUGAAGGCAACACAGUCCAAAAAUGUGGAGUAGAUUUGCCCGAAAACUGCCAAAUUAGACACAAGUGUAAUUCAAAUGGAGAUGUGCUACUGUGUGGUCUUAUUUUUUUAAAUGUUUGCUUUUGUUGACUGAUAUCAAUUACAUUCCUUAGAGUACACUUCAAUGAGUCUGGCAGCACAUUUCAGCUGAUCUAGGAUCAGCUCACCAUUAAUGUAGGGUACACCGCCUUCUAUUCGAAUAGUUAUUAAGUUGGCUACUAUACCCAAAGGCUUGGAGUUUCCUCAAGUUGCGACACCUGCAUGUGCUACCUGAUUCAUUUCAUGAAUAAGCAAAGCAGAGUUUGAUAGAUGCUUUAAAUUCCUAUUUUCAUAUGUUUCAAUGUGUGUUAGUAUGAGAAGCUAAAACCUGAAGACACCCAAACAAGACUGACUGGCAGGCGAGUCCUGAAACUAUUAACAUAACGGUGCAUAAUAACCUAAUUUGUGAGAAAAUUGGUUAAACAAAUUUGAACUGUGUGCCGUCAAAAUGGACAAUGCCCCGCUUGUUUGUCCGUGGAGUUGGCCCGACACAGGUGGAGAUCAACAGAUAACCACUUGGAACUCUCCGGUACACAUCGGUUUGCCUUUCAAAAGCUCUCAUUAGAUGUCUGGGCAGAUGUUGGGGAGUAGAGAGAGAUGGAGAGAAACUGUUUUGUUGAAUGGACCGUAGCCAAGUUCUCCUUCACGUCUCUCCCUGUAGGCCUCAACUGCACAGUCUCAGUUGAUAUCACAGCCCUCAUCUGCAUUAUCUUGCCACAAUGUUUAAGGUUAGAGUUGGUUGGGUGUUGAGAUUCAGGGUUACUGUAGUAUGUUGUACUUACAGGUUAAUACAACAGGGUUCAAUUAAUUGCUCUGAGAUUCAAGCAAGUGAAGCAUAACAGUUCCUGUAGGUCCUCACCUAGCCUAUCUCUCUGUCUAUCUGGAGAGGGCUGGCGUCUGCUGUGUGUAGUCCAUGUUUUGCCAGAUGGUCUUGACCACAUCCUUCAAAAUAGGGGACCUCAUGGGGGUUAUAAAAGGCAUUGACUUGUGUGGUCUUUUUAGUUUUUUUGUUUAGAGGGUAGAUCAGCUUAUAUUGCAGAUAGAUUGUAACUUCCAUCAAUGUAAUUGUCUGCAUCACUUCCAAACCCCCAUGUUUUUUCUUCCUCUCGCAAAUAUAUAUAUAUACAGUGAGGGGGGAAAAGUAUUUGAUCCCCUGCUGAUUUUGUACGUUUGCCCACUGACAAAGACAUGAUCAGUCUAUAAUUGUAAUGGUAGGUUUAUUUGAACAGUGAGAGACAGAAUAACAACAAAAAAAUCCAGAAAAACGCAUGUCAAAAAUGUUAUCAAUUGAUUUGCAUUUUAAUGAGGGAAAUAAGUAUUUGACCCCUCUGCAAAACAUGACUUAGUACUUGGUGGCAAAACCCUUGUUGGCAAUCACAGAGGUCAGACGUUUCUUGAAUUUGGCCACCAGGUUUGCACACAUCUCAGGAGGAAUUUUGUCCCACUCCUCUUUGCAGAUCUUCUCCAAGUCAUUAAGGUUUCGAGCCUGACGUUUGGCAACUUGAACCUUCAACUCCCUCCACAGAUUUUCUAUGGGAGUAUGGUCUGGAGACUGGCUAGGCCACUCCAGGACCUUAAUGUGCUUCUUCUUGAGCCACUCCUUUGUUGCCUUGGCCGUGUGUUUUGGGUCAUUGUCAUGCUGGAAUACCCAUCCACGACCCAUUUUCAAUGCCCUGGCUGAGGGAAGGAGGUUCUCACCCAAGAUUUGACGGUACAUGGCGCCAUCCAUCGUCCCUUUGAUGCGGUGAAGUUGUCCUGUCCCCUUAGCAGAAAAACACCCCCAAAGCAUAAUGUUUCCACCUCCAUGUUUGACGGUGGGAAUGGUGUUCUUGGGGUCAUAGGCAGCAUUCCUCCUUCUCCAAACACGGCGAGUUGAGUUGAUGCCAAAGAGCUCGAUUUUGGUCUCAUCUGACCACAACACUUUCACCCAGUUCUCCUCUGAAUCAUUCAGAUGUUCAUUGGCAAACUUCAAACGGGCCUGUAUAUGUGCUUUCUUGAGCAGGGGGACCUUGCAGGCGCUGCAGGAUUUCAGUCCUUCACGGCGUAGUGUGUUACCAAUUGUUUUCUUGGUGACUAUGGUGCCAGCUGCCUUGAGAUCAUUGACAAGAUCCCCCCCGUGUAGUUCUGGGCUGAUUCCUCACCGUUCUCAUGAUCAUUGCAACUCCACGAGGUAGAUCUUGCAUGGAGCCCCAGGCCGAGGGAGAUUGACAGUUAUUUUGUGUUUCUUCCAUUUGCGAAUAAUCGCACCAACUGUUGUCACCUUCUCACCAAGCUGCUUGGCGAUGGUCUUGUUGCCCAUUCCAGCCUUGUGUAGGUCUACAAUCUUGUCCCUGACAUCCUUGGAGAGCACUUUGGUCUUGGCCAUGGUGGAGAGUUUGGAAUCUGAUUGAUUGAUUGCUUCUGUGGACAGGUCUUUUAUACAGGUAACACGCUGAGAUUAGGAGCACUCCCUUUAAGAGUGUGCUCCUAAUCUCGUUACCUGUAUAAAAGACACCUGGGAGCCAGAAAUCUUUCUGAUUGAGAGAGGGUCAAAUACUUAUUUCCCUCAUUAAAAUGCAAAUCAAUUUAUAACAUUUUUGAAAUGCGUUUUUCUGGAUUUUGUUGUUGUUAUUCUGUCUCUCACUGUUCAAAUAAACCUACCAUUAAAAUUAUAGACUGAUCAUUUCUUUGUCAGUGGGCAAACUUACAAAAUCAGCAGGGGAUCAAAUACUUUUUUCCCUCACUGUAUAUAUAUCCUUUAAAAACAUAUAUUUCCCUUUAUUUAUUUCCAACCCCACCACCCCGUCCCUAAUUGGAGUAAACUAGUGAACAACAACGCUUAGGCCUCUACUUCCAGCUUAUACAUACUAUUAUGGACACAGUCAAUUUUACAAUUAUUCAAUUUUGUUUGUUUUUACUCCUGAACUUCCUCUACCCUCAACCUCUCCGAUCAUUUUCAUGAUGUCCAUCCGGUUUGCUUCUAUAUGCCAUCUCUUUCUAACUGUGCUCUUUCACAAAAGCUCUCAACCUAUAACCUAUUUACUUAUUAUGGACACAGUAUGCUUUACAUUAGUUAUCUUGUUAUUAUUAGUUCUUGUUAGUUGUAAUUAGUCCCAUCCUUCAGCUCCAUUCAACACCUCCCAUCUAUCUCUUAACACCAUCCAUAUUGGAUUUUUAUUUGCCAUAUAUUUUUCAACUGUACUUUGAGGUUUCACAAAAGUUCUGAACCCUUCUAUUCUCAUUGUUUCUACAGAUUGUUAUUGAAAAUAAACAUUUUUGCUAAAAGUAUUAUUAUAUUAUUGAUCGAUUGACUAUGACUUUUCAGAUCUCCCAGUAGUGCAAUCUGCAAGGUUAGCUCCAGGUAAAUACUGCAAUCCUUCAGCCAUUCCUGGACCUGUGUCCAAAAACAAGCUACAAAUGGACAGUACCAAAACAAAUGAUCUCAUGAUUCUGUCUCUUCGCAGCAAAAUCUGCAGAGCUGGGAAGAUUGUAUCCCCUAAAUAAAUAACAUUCUAUUGGUAGCAAGAAUUUUGUAUAAUAAUUUAAAUAGAAUUUUUUUUGAAUCUGGCGUCGUUUUGCGUAUCAGUUCAUAAACACUAUGCCAUGGAAUCAGUACGUCAAAAAUCUCUUCCCAACUAUUUUGCAAUACUUCCCAUGACAUGACUCUUGUAUGGAUUCUUAUCCUCCAUAUGGGUCAUGUCAAGUUUUCAAAGCCAUGGAGACGCUCAUUUGUAGCAGCACUGUUUGGGUUCAAGUGUGAAGUGUGUCAGAGAGUAAGCAUUAACAACAUCAGCUUGGGACACCAUGUUGUAUUUGGGGCGUCUCCGAUGGAGGUGCUGCUCCUUCUCCACAGCUUAGCUGAGGGUCAGCAUCACAAGCAGCUAAACUGAAUCCUUGAUGUACUGUAUCCGGCCCAUUUGCACUCAAAUAUGUACUCAUACAAGCUACACUCAAAGGUUUGGUCAUAUAUGAGUUGUCUGGUCAUGGAGUCUAGGCUUCAGGGUGAGGCUCCACAGCUGGCCAGAUGUUUACUAUUGGGGGAAGGGCGAUGGUGUUGGGGUACAAAGACCAGGGACUCAUCAUCAUCACCACCACCACAUCACACCUCCCUCCAGCUGACAGGCCCCAGGGUUAGUCCGUCUUUUGUAGAGGAACAUGGACUGAGCAGCCAGCGCUGACAGUUGCUAUCCAACCGACCCUCCCCCCAAAAUAUAUUGAUGUCCGGAGCGCCACAAAACUGGAAAUACAGGUUCUUUAUUCUUUUCUCUCAGCGACCAGUCAGGGGAACAUGAAAAUCGAGACCCAGGUGGUGUGUGCCCCUUUUGUUUGGGACCACAGAGGCCACGGUGCAUGGAAAGCCCUUUGCAAAUCUGCACACAAAAGGCUGGCUUGUACCCUUUCUACUGCGGGUGGUGUGCUGCACUGCACCUAGCUCAGCCUGUGGCUGUUGCCUAAACUGUGUUAUUUAAAAAAAAAUUAACUAAAUAAGACCAUUUUUAGGCAGUGACUGAGUGUUUAAUACGAAAAAAAGGGGAUUGGGUUUCAGGCUCCCAGAACCAACCCUCUACCCCCACCCUCAGCCCCACACUCUUACAGUCGGUUGGCAUAGAACCAAGCAUUGAGUCUUGGCCUUGCCAGAGGCUAGGCAGAGGGACGUGCUGUGGCAGGUUCUACCCCUACGUGCCCCAGACAUCCCAUCAACCUCUCCUCCCUGGGCCUCUAUCCAUAUAUCCUCCUGGACUUUAUUCCAGGUUCGACUGACUGACAGACACACUCGUCUGUUUUCCUCUGGAUGUUGUGGUGGUAACGCUGCCAAGGGGUGUUACUGUCUCUACGUGGGGAGCCCAGUCAUAAGAGAGGUAUGGAUGGCAGAAGAUUUAGGGAAAUGUGUGGAAAAUGACUGCUCUGUCCAAGUCAAAGAUCCCACUUUCUGAGGCUUUAUGAUGGACUGAGAAGCUACGUUGCCACUGUGCUCAAUUUCUUGCUUGAUUGUAUCUUCAGUGCUGUUUUAGUCUCGCUUUGGCCAGGCGUACAGCGGAGCUGAGCCAGUUUGAGACUUUGAGUCUGGCUCUCGACUAGUGCUGGUUCGGUGUGUUAGUUUCAUUGUUGUUUUCUUAUUGGCAGCUUCUUGAAGGAUACUAGUGUUCACAUAAACCAGUACUUCACAGCCAUGUCAAUGUUUAUCCAUUUCUCAAAAGGGAUGUAUGUUGACGUGCUUUGCAUGCACAGUAUAGGGAAAACACUAACAUUCACUUUGUGGUCAGGAUCAGGAAAAUGCACAAAAGAUAUGUAUCAUAAAGAAGAUAAAAUUAAGUACUGAUGCAUUAAUACAAGUAAAACAAUUUUUUUGGGGGGGGUUAUGUUAGCCUUGCAAUUAAUACUGAAAAGGGGCCUGCAGUUUGGUGUAUUAGAGGGAAUUCCUACUCUUUACCCUCACUCUCUCUUUCCCUCGCUCGCUCUUUCUCUACCCGUCGAGGCCCAUCAACAAAGACGGCUCUGUACAGACACUGUUUAUAACUAAGCAGUCCCUGCACUGCAAUUUAGGAGGCGUGCAGCUCAGGAAAUUGCCGGCCUCUGCUGAGGCAUGCUUUCACUGAGGGAAUGGUAUUCAUCAGCCAAGUAAUUGGCAGGUUAUUUUUUUAAAUACCUUGUUAGUAAUUACCUUAUAAACAAAAUAACACAGCACUAAACCAAACGGCUGUUUUGACCUGUUGAGAUGAGUAGUGACAUUGGUUAGCCCUAGUAUUGCCCCUUCCUCCCCCUUUCCUAGACAACCAGGGAACGGUGUUCUUUUUCAUGGUUCAGGGAGAGACUCAAUGUUCCAGGAAAAAUGUCUAAUAUUAACAUAAUAAUAAUAAUGAGAACUGGGGUAGCGAGGUUCGAGGGGAACGCUCAGGCGAGGGUGGUCAUUUUUUAAAUACCGCCCGCUAAUUGACUGCUCUGAGUAUUUGUAUGUCUGGAAACGUUAGACUGGUGACCCGCGUUGUUAAAAUACACCGUAUUUUCUAGCGUUCAUUGGAGCCGUUCUAUCUGUGUUUUCAGAGCAAACAACAGGAUCACGAAGAUCUCUCUGGAGCAGCUGAGGCCCCUGCGAGGCCUGGAGACCCUGGACCUCAGCAAUAACAGCAUAGUGGAUAUCAAGGCUGACUCCUUCCCUGCACUGCCUCUCAAGAACCUGUGAGUCCGUCCGUUUUGACUUUUUACCUAAAAUGAAUGGUUAAACUCCGUCCAAUAAUACUAUCUAAGUCUGGAUCAAAUAGUUACAUUUUGGUGGAACUACAACACUGUUUGGUCAUUUUUCCUCUUUGGAAUUAAUGAUAUGAUCAAUGUAUUUUCUUCUCUUGUAGUAUCAUGAACAACAACCGCAUUUCCACCCUGGAGACGGGCUGUUUUGUCAACCUGUCCAGCACUCUGCAGGUCCUCAGGCUCAACCGCAACCGCCUCUCGACCAUCCCUGCCAAGAUCUUCCAGCUCCCCAACCUCCAGCACCUGUAAGUGACAAUUGCACUUUGAGCACUGUUGGGGUUGACCGCUUCUUGACUUGCCCUCAAACUAUACUAUGACCGCUCUUUGAACGUUUGUGUAACGGUCCACGUCUUUUCACUACUCUUUGAUGUUUCUCUGACUGCUCUGUGAACUUCCUGAAAACGCAUUGUGACUGCACAUUGACAGUGCGUUGACAUCUCCAACCACUCUUUGACCACUCUUCCAACAGUCAUUGACAUCUUCUUGGCUUCUCUUAGAUGAAUUAGAUUCCUUUUCAACCUCACUUCUUGAGUUAAGUGAACUCUUAUUCCUUCCUGUAUAUAUGAUGAUGCGGUUCUCUUACGGUCUGCUUGUGGUCCAACCUGCAGGGAGCUGAACAGGAAUCGGUUGCGCAGGGUGGAGGGCCUGACGUUCCACGGUCUGCACGGUCUGCGCUCGCUGAAGGUGCAGAGGAACGGCAUCAGCCGCCUGAUGGACGGAGCCUUCUGGGGCCUCAGUAACAUGGAGGUCCUGUAAGUAACUGUCCUCUGUGACAAGAAAAUGUGUCUUCCUUUACUAGUGGUUGAUUUAACAGUAUAUGUCUGGGUGCAAGUGUCUGCAUACCAUCUUUGGAUACAUAUUUGUAGCCAUUUGUCUUGACAACGAUAGUUGGCCAUAGCCUAUACAGUGUGGUAUCAGUCCAGGCUAGCAUAUGUCUUCAUCUCUGUCUUUCUGUGUGUGUCUAUAUGUAGAUUACUAACCUCUGUGUGUCCUUGCAGGCAGCUGGACUACAACAACCUGACGGAGGUGAGUAAGGGCUGGCUGUACGGCCUGUUGACUCUGCAGCAGCUCCACCUGGGCCACAACGCCAUCAGCCGGAUCCGGCCCGACGCCUGGGAGUUCUGCCAGAAACUCAGCGAGCUGUGAGUGACCCUUUCUUCUUCGUCUCCCUCCCUCUCUUUUUCUCUCUCACUUUCUCUCCUACUUACACUGUGAGCUCCCAACACCUCUCUCUCUCUCUCUCCCUCACUUCCGCCCUCCUUCCUCUCAGUCUCCAACUCGCCACUCCCACACAUACACACUCCCCCCUCUCUUCCUCCACCCCUAGAGCUCAGUGCCAACACCAAUGCAGGGCUCCUGCCAAAAUAUUACGCCCCCCACUUCACCCCCACCACUAUAGCCCCCCUCCUUUAAUGCCUCGCCACGUCUAUAGGGGAGAGGGAGGGAUUUCACAACCAGAGUGUCUGAAGCGACAAGUGGCGGCAGCAACAUAUUGUUUCCUUUGUUGUUAACGUUGUUUAUGGCACUGGCCAAUUACUAAGUCCGCCAUGUUUUUUUUACGAGCGACUAGGUUGUUUCUGAAAGGGGAGUUGUUGUUUUUUCCCAUUUCUCUUAUCAAGUGAACCUGAGUGUAAACCAAAUUGGCAGUUGACAGAUAUUUUUUCGCCCACGCAUUGGUAAAUAGCCUUCUUUCUGGUUUGUUCGUUUUUUCGUCUGAUGUUUGCUUUUGAGGAUUUCUAUUACAAAGUUAAUACUUUUUAUACUGUUUGCUUAAGGUUAAACAAAGUAGGCCAGCUGUGCAAGGUACAAUCUAACUUUCAAAACUUAGUUUAAAAAACUUUCUGAAAGCUUUUAGUAAAGAACUUUAGUUUGACUGGAUAUGCCUUGAUAAUAAUUAGAUAACAUGUUUUAGUGGUGGUUCUAAUGCUUAUUACAAAGUGCUUAUUGUAAUUCAUAGACUGAUCUGGCUAGAUUUGUUGCUAGUGAUCUAAGGCCCGUUUAUCAUCUACCUCAACUGUUUAUUUCUGGAGCAUGGAAGGUACAAUCUAACUAAACCCCCCCCCCCCCCUUCCAUCUGCAACUGUGUGAUGCUGAUGUUCCUUCUCUCUCCACCCGACAGGGACAUCUCGUCGAACCACUUGACAAGACUGGAGGAGUCCAGCUUUGUGGGCCUCAGCCUGCUUGACGAACUCCACAUCGGAAACAACCGUGUGAGCUUCAUUGCAGAUGGAGCCUUCCGAGGACUCUCCCACCUACAGAUGCUGUAAGUUUGAAUAAGGAUGACUAAACUCAAUUUCAGUGAAUUACUUGUCAGAGAUGACAGCUCUAUUGUAUAAUGGUGCUGAAGCAUUAAAUGAUUAUUUUCAACGUCCCACUGGCAGUGAGCGCAUUAGCCAUGGUUAAUAUCACUAAUCCUGGUUCUUAGUUUUCCCUAAUGUUGUUUGAGAAGCAUCAAGGCUCAUGAGAGUUUAGGGAUGAACUUGAUUUAAACUCCGAAGUGACAUGGUUAUAACAGUAAUCAGCCUACACUUUAUCAUUGUUCCAUAAGAGAAGCCCUAUCUCACUUCUAUGAGAGUACAUUAGCAGUUAGCUAACUUCUCAGAUGCUGCCUGCUUGUUGCAUUUCACUUCCUGUCCCUCUCCACACUCAUCGAGGCGUGAGUGGAAAUAUUCCGCCUUGUUUGUUUUCGGUAUGUGAAAUAGAUGAACGUACUGCCUGUGGUUUCUCCCCACACAUAAAAACCUCAACCAGCCAGCAGAGUGAGUCCACCACUCCAUCCCCCCAUCUACAGACCAGCUCCAUAACAUUGCCCCUGGUCCCUCUCUUAAAUGGAACCAAAUGUUAACUGUGCGUGAAAGGUCAGCAGAGGGCAGGUGUGUAGGUAGGUGGACAGGGAGUUGGGGUGGCUUAGGGGGCUUUACCCCCCAGCCCCAGCCCCUCUCCACAACCCGCUCCUCUACCCCCUCCACCCCUCCUCAACCCCAAUCAUUUGUAACCAGGCAUGCAGAGGAGGAAACUAGCUGUUUGAAAGUAUUUGAAGAGACUUGAGAGAGAGGGAGCGGGGGAAGGGUGAAGACAUCCAGCAAAUCUCUUUAGCAGACAUGAUGUACUGCUGUGUGCACAUGCCAUUCAGUUAGGUUAAAAGAGAUUUAGGAUUUUUCAAAGCCCUUUGAUAUUUACUUUAAAAUGUGAUUUACCCCAUCCAUAAAACCCAUUGCUAAAAACGUAUAGUUUUUCACUAAAUUAAGGUGUCUAAAAUACAAGAGGAGGUAGCACAGACGUGUGGGUUUGAGUUCCUCACUGUUAAACACGUUGCAUUGCAUGUGAAGCAGUGUUUUGCUGCGAGACACAGAGAAACCAUCGCAAACACUUAAAAAGCCCCCAAAGUUAGCGAGAAACAUCCUCCAGUGAUGGGACCACUUUGAAUACAAAUGUAAAGCCUUUAACUUUUUUCUCGUCCUUCACACGAAACGCAAAGCCGCACCAAGGUUUAUGAAGACUAUAAUAAGUGCAGUUGUUUUCUGGGUGUGGAUUUUUACAAUGUGGUUUGUCAUUGUUUCUCUGGAAAUAGAGAUCUGCAAAACAACGAAAUCUCCUGGACCAUUGAAGACAUGAACGGACCAUUUUCUGCUCUGGACAAACUAAGGAAACUGUGAGUUGGCUUGACUUUACCAUGGCUAUGUCUUCUAACCUGUUGAUUUCCAGAAGAUAGAUUAGAAACUAUAAAAUGGGCCAUGAGAACUGAUUUGAACUGGAAGUAUUUGCUUCUUAUCAUAAUAUAAAUUGCUGUAUUUGAAUGACAACUCAAAUAUCCUUUUCUCAGGUUCCUUCAAGGGAAUCAAAUCCGCUCGGUGACCAAGAAGUCGUUCUCUGGCCUGGACACACUGGAGCACCUGUGAGUUGACCUUCAAAUAAAUAUGAUCAUUGGUCUGUCUCAACUGUCCUAAAGCUGUAAACUUAAUGUGGGAUAAUCCAUAACCAUUAGAAACAAAGCCUGUUUGUGAGAACCACACAACCUUAAUGUCUCUGCUUAUUCUCUAGACUUUGAUGAAAAACAGAGCUGUCUGGUAUUCACCAUCUCCAUAUGUGGGGAGACUAUUGAUCACUAACUGCUUAGGUAUGGCUAGAGGAGUGUGUGUGUGUGUGUGUGCGCGCGCCUGUGUGUUCGUUCUUGCGUGUGUGGAGGUUUCUGUGUGUACAAGUGUGUGUGUUUAUAUCUGUGAAACAGCUGCAUUUGAUUCUAAUUAACUUUUUUUCCCAGUCGUGUCUGAGCUCAAAGGAGCCGAAGACAGGCCCCUCUUGAUUAACAAAGCACGGUGCUGCCCAGAUUUAUAUUGUACUCCAGACCUUUUCUUCCCUCUCUCUCUGAUUAUUGAAGUGUUAGCAGUCUUCCUCCAGAUAGGUCUAGACGGAGGGGAAAGUUUGCCAUCUUUCUGUGUACAUUCCCCUGGUUCUGAUCCAUCCAUUCUCCUCGCUUUUCCCCCCUCAGAGAUUUGAGUAAUAAUGCGAUUAUGUCGGUCCAAGGGAAUGCCUUUGUGCAGAUGAAGAAGCUUGAGGAACUGUAAGUAUCUCUGCGUUCAGUCACACAGUAUUCAUAUUCUGCAAUGCCAAUAGACCAGAGUCACUGUUCUGGACUAACUGAGGAAAGGAAAGAGUCUUUCAUAGAAAAUUACUUCAAAAGCACCUAUACUCAUAAAAGUGAUUAUCUUAAAAUGUAACGACCAUAAAAUUGCUCAAGUAUUACGGAGCAUCUUUGUGCCGGGUCUCUCUUGUGAUUCCUGGCUCUAACGCAGUAACCCCCCCCCCCCCCCCCCCAGGCACCUGAACACAUCCAGCCUGCUGUGUGACUGCCAGCUCAAGUGGUUUCCUCUGUGGGUGGCGGAGCAGGCCUUCCUGCACUACGUGAACGCCAGCUGUGCCCAUCCCCUGAUGCUGAAGGGCAAGAGCGUGUUCACCGUCAGACAGGAGGACUUUGUGUGUGGUGAGUGUGACUGACACACACACACACACACACACACACACAAGCCUCUUAAUGUAGCCCUUGUUAAAAACAGCCAUUUAGCCGUGACAGGUUUUCCAUUUAUGAACUGACCCAGAUUGUUCCAUAUUUUCCUUCAACUCAUGGACACUGAUGGAGCCAGCAUUGUAAUGGAACCAUGUAGAAACUCAGUGAGUUAACAGCUUGGCCGGGUGGAGUCAGAGACAGCAGGGAGAAAAUAAAUAAUUGUUGAGGAAUUUCUGGGACCAGUUUCAUUAAGUAAUUACUACUAUUAGAGCUGAGGUGCUUUGCCUUCAGAGCUUUCAACAUUUACCCAGUCAGAUAGGCGCAUAAAAUCUUAUCGUUUCCAUAUUUAAGCUGGUUGUCGACCAUCACGGUUUAAACAAAAACUGGUUAGCCCCAAAAUGAAUGUCAAUUUGAGUUUAGACCCAUUUACUUCAAAUGGAAACUAAUGUUUUUCCCUUCUUGUCUUCCAACCAGACGACUUCCCCAAACCUCAGAUCACGGUGCAACCUGAGACCCAGUCGGCCAUCAAAAGCACCAACGUCACCUUCGUGUGCUCGGCGGCCAGCUCCAGCGACUCACCCAUGACCUUUGCCUGGAAGAAGGACAAUGAGGUCCUGAAUGACGCUGAAAUCCACAACCAGGCACACCUCCGAGCCCAGGGGGGAGGCCAAGGCCGUGAAACAGAGGUUACAGAGUACACCACCACACUGCAGCUACGCAGUGUAGAGUUCACCAGCGAGGGGAAGUACCAGUGUGUCAUCUCAAACCACUUUGGUUCCUCUUACUCCACCAAGGCCAAGCUCACCGUCAACAGUAAGUUAAAUAACCUACUGGUAUUGAUUUGACUGGUUAUUUGGGGUCAUUUCAAGAGAUUUGUCAUUCUUAGUAUAACUCUCAGCAUGAUAAACUAUGACGAACUAGUACACAAGUACACUGCAAAUAUCAACUCGGAGUGCCCUACGAACAUAUAAAGAAUCUCAUUAUGACUGACAUUGCAAAACCUUGUAACUUUGAUGUCGCUCUUGAAGUGGUGCUGCCGUUAGAUGUCAAAUAAAAUGUCCAUCCCUUUUGUCCCUCCAGUGCUUCCGUCCUUCACCAAGAUGCCCAUGGACCUGAGUAUCCGGGCCGGUGCCACGGCCAGACUGGAGUGUGCCGCCGUGGGUCACCCGUCUCCGCAGAUCGCCUGGCAGAAAGACGGGGGCACAGACUUCCCCGCCGCCCGGGAGCGCCGUAUGCACGUAAUGCCUGAGGAUGAUGUGUUCUUCAUCGUGGAUGUGAAGACAGAGGACAUCGGGUUGUACAGCUGCACCGCCCAGAACACCGCCGGAGCCAUAUCAGCUAACGCUACGCUAACUGUGCUAGGUGAGAAUUGCUCUUUCUAUUUUCACCAGCUAGCAAAGAACUUUGCAUUUGUCUGUGGGUGCCUCUUCAUUUUGACACAGAUACAUUUUUUAUUUGAUGGUAUUCCAUGAGUGUUUCCCCCACAAAUCGACAUAUGAAUCAGGCGUUUUGAGACUGUCAGGCAACUAACACUCCCCCUUACCCCAUUCUCCUCCAGAAACGCCCUCUUUUCUGCGCCCUCUCAUGGACCGCACUGUGGCCAAAGGGGAGACUGCGGUCCUCCAGUGCAUCGCCGGCGGCAGCCCUUCCCCCAGGCUCAACUGGACGAAAGACGACAGCCCCCUUGUGGUCACAGAGCGCCACUUCUUCGCCGCCGCCAACCAGCUGCUCAUAAUAGUGGACGCAGCGGAGGGCGACGCGGGGAAGUACACGUGCGAGAUGUCGAACACUCUGGGCACCCAGCGGGGCAACGUGCGCCUGGCCGUGCUGCCCAACCCCAACUGUGACGUGGGGGUGGGCGCCUCGGGAGGCUCGGACGAGGACGGCUGGACCACAGUGGGCAUCGUCAUCAUCGCGGUGGUGUGCUGCGUGGUGGGCACCUCGCUGGUCUGGGUGGUCAUCAUCUACCAUACGCGCCGGCGCAACGAGGACUGCAGUGUCACCAACACAGGUGAGGAGAGGGUGCCAUUUUGUCUGCACAGGAUUGGCUUUGAGGAGUUCAGUACUUGCAUGCCCAUGUUGCCUCCUCCCUCGAACAGAAAAUAUUGCGAAAUUACAUUUUUGAAACUUGAGUUAUGGGCUCCAGCUCCACAUACUUUGGCUGGUAUGUUAUUAAAACAACACCUUUUCAGAAUACUUUGAAAUGAAUCAGUGACAGACCAUUGCCUUGAACAUGUUAUUAUUAUUGUAUUUCUCUAUGAAAACAUUUCUGAGACUUUUCCCUCCCUGGUGUUUUCCCUGCAGACGAGACCAACCUGCCAGCAGACAUCCCCAGCUACCUGUCCUCUCAGGGCACGCUGGCCGAUAGACAAGAUGGCUACGUCCCCUCAGAGAGUGGCAGUGGCAACCACCAGUUCAUGGCUUCCUCCAUGAGUGGAUUCUACAUGCAGCCUAAAGACAUGAACGGUAGGAGAGCAGCUCUUUCAUUGGAAAUGCAUGGGGACUUUUAUAUUAUGAAUAUAUGCAUUGCAUCAAAGUCAACUGUACUCUGAGCAUUUUUCUAUAUGUAUCAUACAGUAUUGUUUCACCUGAAUACAUAUUGGAAUGGUGUAAGUAAUUUGAGGCAAGUACCAAUGCGUUACUAAUGUGUCAUGUGACUCGUACAGGUCUGUGUCAGCUGGACACAGGAAGUGAAGCGGACAUGGAGGCGGCCAUAGAUCCCCUGCUCUGCCAUUACCAAGGUCCCAUCAGCUCUCUCCUCAGGAGAGGCAACAUGUACACCGGAGAACCCUCAGAGGCUUUCACAGGUCGGUGCAACAGAUAUAUAUAAAAAUAUAUAUAUUGUAGCAUUAUAAAUAUUUUUCCCUAAAUUAAACAAUUUUGUUGCUGUCAUACUGAUCUGAUUUCCCAUGGCUCACUGUAACUUCUCCCCCCCCUCUCCCUACAGGCUAUGCUAUAGACCAGCGGCCCAUCUGCAUAGACUCCUACAGUGGUAGCCUGACCAGCUCCAAGAGGAGGGACUACUAUCCAUGUGGCAAGGCCCUUCAGGACCCCUUUGAUCACGGGAGUCCCAGUGUGCAGAUGCCCAACGGCAGCAGCUUCCACGGGCCACCCCACCUACAGGGCGAGGGCCCCCCCUCCAUGGACGAGGGAGAUGGGAGCGAGUACGGCCGACCUCGGGAGACGACGCUCUCCUCCAAUACCUUCAUGGGUACGUCUGAGGAAAUUUCUCAGUAUGGAUUUGGGUCAAGUCAAGCACAUUUUAAAUUCACUCAAUUACUAAGUGAUUUAUUGAAUUUUCAUUUUCUAAUUUGACAACUAACACAACGUGAAUGUCUCAGGCCUUACCCUGUAUCUCCCUCCGUCCUUCCAUCCCACAGGAACGUUUGGGAAAGCCCCCUGGAGGCCUCAACAGGAAUUCUACCCCGGGUUUGCACCACCGCCACUGGCCCUGCACAACAGCAUGAUGCUACACGAGAAUCCCUACGCAGCCCUGGACACAGACUCAGAACGCGAGGAAGACAAGAACAGCGUCCAGUCAAAGGAUUCUAGAUCGGAAUCGGAAAAGAGUGCCAAUAACAUCUAUGAACAACCGUAUGAUCUCAACAGGACUGCUGCUAGUCAGCAUGGUCGAGCGAGCACAUAGCUGAAUAUGUGCGUUCAAACGAACUGACAUUCCUAUUAGUUUUUCUUCAUUACGAGGAUGACCAAAAUAAAUGCUACCUCAGUAAAUGGACACUUUCUCAAUGAUGGACACUGCAAACGUGCAACGUGUGAAUGUAAAAGGAUAAUGCAUUGUGCCUACAAAAUGCUGAAAAAUUAUAUGAGGAGAUAUUAACAGUGAGGACUGUUCUUUUAUUAAGAAAGGAAAAUGGGAAACAUCUUCAAUUGAAGAUAGAUAUUGAAUAUAUAUAUAUAUAUAUAUACGUUUUUAUACAAAGUUUAUUAUAUUUUGUAAAUUAAGGGUAAAAAUAGAAUCCAUUAUUUUUGCUGUCCUUUUUCCUGUUUGAGUAUUUUGUUUUGUGCGACCGACCAUGCCUGUUCAGUUAUUCUAGCUUUUUUUGUUGCUUUGAGUUAAGCAGCCCUUUGCACAUACUUAUACAUAAUAAAACACCAUAACGUGCUGCUACGUACAUUAAAA